AUGACCAACAAACUAAACAAUCAUGCCAGGUUUGCAUUCGUCGCGCCGUUGUAUGCGGUCACCAAUCUCUUUAUCUGCAUUUUACAGUAUCCGCAAUCCCCGACGGCCGAGUCGGACAUUGUUCUAAUGCAUCAGGUGGCCGGGCAUUUUAGCUACCUUGAAUUCGCCACCGCGAACCGUUCAUAUCCUUUCGUCGGGCAGAUCGCAAAUCUCGCCCGGCUAGCGGUCACCAACGCCAGAAAGCGCGACCUAGAGCCUGUUGAUGAGAGAAUGCAGCUGGACAUUUCUCAUGCCGACGGGUGCAAGGAUCGGACCGACCUAGUCACUUUCAACGAUGCUUUGUUGGAUGGUAUCACCCUCGAUAUGGGUGACAACGAACAAUGGGCGACCCUGAUUGGUUGGCCUGAUGUGAAUGAUUUACCUGAGAUGGACAGCAUAAAGAAGCCUAGUCAUUACGAUGAGAGCUUCGAUGUCAUCGUCGUCGGAUCCGGGGCGGCAGGACUGACCGCAGGCUUUGUCGCUGCUGCUCGGGGACACUGUCGCGUGCUCGUCACCGAAAAGACCGCUCUGUAUGGGGGAACCUCAGCCUAUUCUGGUGGGGGCCUGUGGCUUCCUGGCAACCCCCAUAUGGAGGCAAUUGGCAUGCCUGACACGAGACAACAGAGCGAAGAGUACAUACGUCAAUGUCUCGGGGACUCCUACCAAGAAGACUUGAUCUCUGCGUAUUUGGACUCUUCUCCGGAAAUGGUUCGCUGGAUGGAAGGCAAUUCGGAGGUCAAGUUUUUUGGGCUACCAUUUCCCGAUUAUCACAUGGAUCGCAAGGGAGCCACCUACGGACGGACGGUUAUGACACGACCCUACGAUGGGCGGCGUUUGAAGAGACUUGUGCGCCAGGUUCGAUACCCGCUUCAGGGCAUGAGCGCUUUUGGGUCGAUGCAGACACCGCUCGGAGAAAUUGGGACGUGGCAAAAGCCGUGGGCAAGCUGGAGGAACAUGAAGUUUGUGUCCUCCAGUCUUCUGCGAUACGGUACCGACUUGAUUUUCUAUGGUAAAGGAACGGAUUUGUGCAACGGUAAUGCGCUGGUUGGUCGUCUUCUGGAGUCGGCAACGAAGACUGGAAUUACCUUGUGGUCAAACACACCCGCUGUUGAGCCUAUCUUAGACCAGGGUCGAGUCGCUGGUCUGGUCGUACGUCAAGAGGGCCGAGACCUGCGCAUCCAGGCAAAGAGAGGCGUUGUCCUUGCUACUGGCGGCUUUGCGCGCUCUGCGUCUCUCAGCCGCAAAUACUUGCCCUUCAGCGACUAUACCGCAGCGCCGAGAGGCAACACCGGGGAUGGAAUCGGUCUUGGUAUUGCCAGCGGAGGCCACCUGCCAGCCCCCAAUAAAGAUAACGGUUUGUGGGCUCCCAUAUCUGAGCUUCACGGCCCAAAAGGACAGAUCCGACAUUUCCCGCAUCAAGCCCUUGACCGCUCGAAACCGAGGUGCAUUCUGGUUGACGGCGAUGGCCUCCGGUUUGCCAACGAGUCGGCACCAUAUCAACCCUUUGGCCAUGACACCCACGCGGCGGGAGUCCAGAAGCAUUUCAUCAUUGGGGACUCGGUCUUCCUCCGGCGUUAUGGCAUGGGCCUGGUACUUCCUUUUCCAUAUCCCGUCAGCAGAUACUUGAUGCGCCACUACCUUGUGAGCGCCCCCACCAUUCGCGAACUUGCACGCAAAUUGCGAAUCAAUGAGGAGAAUCUCGCCGCAACGGUGGAAAAGUUCAAUGGUUAUGCCCGGGAAGGACGAGACCCUGACUUUCACCGGGGGGAGGCAAUCUACGAUCAGGCGUAUGGGGAUGCAUUAAACAAGCCAAACCCUUGCCUAGGGCCACUGAAAAGGCCUCCGUUCUACGCCCUCCCUCUUUAUCCCGGCAACGUGUCGACAAUGUAUGGUCUGGAGACAAAUAUCAAUGCUCAAGUCUUGGGUGACUCCGGCAAAGCUGUACCAGGGUUGUAUGCCGUGGGAGCCGACAUGAACAAUCCAAUGAAAGGCUUCUACCCCGGCGGCGGAUGUACGUUGGGGCCCGGGAUGGUUUUUGGCUAUCGGGCUGGACUUCAUAUUGCUGGGCAAUUAUGA